AUGCGGUUCCCAUUCGUUGCGCUACUGAUCUCCCUCGCUACCAUGCUGGUAGUAGUUGGGUGUGGAGGGACCGGAGAGCCCGCAGCAGCGCCUGUCGCAACUGAGGCGGUUGCGGCCACUUCACCGCCCGCUGUUGUGGCAACGGCACCUCCUGCCGGUGGAGAGUCCGCUCCAACGCGGCCGUCGUUCGUCGGCUCGGCUCCCGUCUCCAAUGUGACGCCGACCGCUGACACGAGCGCUGCCACCGGCGAACUCAAAACCAAAGACCUGAUUUUCCUGUUCUCCCAACAAACCCGCCAGGGAAUCAUGGACUGCGACGCCGUGCCUGAGAUAGUGAGCGACCACGAAAUUAACCUGCACAUGGGUGUCCGCCCUGAGCUCAUUUUUGACUACUGGAUCUCUGGAUAUCGCGGUCUACCCAUCACCAGCAAGGCCCAAUGGGACACUGGAUGCCCCAAUGGUGCGGCAGAUUACGAGGCAUUCGAUACGUCUCCUCACCUGGAUGGAUUUUGUACCGCUGGCGAGCAGACAUUGCUGGACGAAGGCCCGGCCCGACUUGGCCCAUACCAAUUCGCCAAUUUCGAGAAAGGCAUCGGUUGGUUGUGGGAACGUUCCCCGAUCGACCACUACCGGGUCGACCCGGACUGGGAUUCCAUAGAGAUCAAGAUUAUCGAAGAGGCGUCAACGCGGUUGGCCGCGAUGCUAGCGCGAGAAGCGCAGCUUGCUACCAUUGACCGGGCGUUGGUCGGUCAGGCACUGGAUUCCGGAUUGGACCUCUCCCAAAGCCAGGUCACUGCCGUCAACAGUAUGAUGGUAUUCGGAGGUAUGUACUUCUCGACCAAAGAAGGCCCCGAGUUCGCACCCUACUCCGCGGCGUCAUAUGACUCUACCGUGCCUUGGGCGGAUCGGGGCGAAAAUGGGAAAAUGGUCCGUAUGGCAAUGAACAAAGCGAUUGAUCGCGAUGCCAUCAGGGAAAAUAUCUUUGACGGCCAGGGCGACGAAGGGCGCGUAGCCGGGCUCAUACCCAGUUCGGAGGCGUUCGGCGGCGAGUAUGCCGGCUACAACCCGGCAUGGGAAUCGGAUGGGAAGAACUUUACGGCUACGAUGUCGAGGGCGCCAGGGAAUUGCUGGUUGAGGCCGGUUACCCCAACGGAUUCCAUGUUCCGAUCAUCAGUUACACGAUGA